CCGCCAUCACUGUGAACAAGCUGUGUGAUAAUGGAGAAGAUUAUCCGCAAGAUAAAAGCUGGAUUCAGUUAUAGACCAGGGAUACGAGAGUUUGAAGAACUACUGAAAUCGGACGAAAUUGACUUCAAAAACUUGCGGAAGUUAUGCUUUGCUGGAUGUCCUUUUGAGUCAGGAAGUGGAAUUCGCUCAGUAUGUUGGAAGAUUCUCCUGAAUUAUCUGCCCCUGAAACGGGGAGGUUGGCCAGAUUUCUUGAAGAAACAAAGAGCUCUAUAUCGGCAGUUUGUACAGGAGAUGAUCAUUGAUCCGGGCAGGAAGGCUAAUGCUGGUGUUCACGAGGAUCACCCCCUGAACCCGAACCCUGACAGUUCCUGGCAGGCCAUCUUCAAGGACAACGACAUGCUAGUGCAGAUUGACAAGGACUGCAGACGCCUGUGCCCUGAUUUAUUCUUCUUCCAACGAGCGACAGACUACCCCCAUGAGGACAUCGUCAACUGUGAUUCCAACAUCGAGACACUGCGGAAGAGAGUUGAACAGUGUGUGCUACACUCCGAAACAGUCUCCAGGAACAGACUUGGCAUCACGAAUAUGAUGUCAAGUCGGAGGAAGUCGAGCGAGGAGUACGCGGCACUGCCCGAGGGCCAGGAGGCACACUGGGAGGUGGUAGAGAGGAUCCUCUUCAUAUAUGCAAAACUUAACCCUGGACUGAAAUACGUGCAGGGCAUGAAUGAAAUACUCGGUCCAAUCUACUACACCUUUGCUUCUGAUCCUGAUGUUGAUUGUCGAGAAUAUGCGGAAGCAGACUCCUUCUUUUGUUUCACAAAUCUCAUGGCCGAGAUUCGGGACAACUUCAUUAAAACACUGGAUGACUCUCAGUGUGGGAUAGGUAACUUGAUGAUGAAGCUGUACAACUACCUGCAGGUCAAGGACCCAGCUCUGUGGCACCUGCUGAAGGAACAAGAUCUUAAACCCCAGUACUACGCCUUCCGCUGGCUCACUCUACUGCUGUCUCAGGAGUUCCCUCUUCCAGAUGUGUUACGGAUAUGGGACUCUCUAUUUGCUGAUGCCAGUCGCUUCGAGUUCCUCAUCCAUGUAUCCUGUGCAAUGCUCAUGCUCCUCAGGGAAGAUUUAUUAAAAAGUGAUUUUCCCCACAACAUGAAACUACUUCAGAAUUUCCCACCCUCUAUUGAUGUGCAGACAGUAUUAGCUAAGGCUGUAGAAGUCAAGGAUCGGCACCAGGGCUUGUGACACUUAUGCAGGUGAUUGACACAGCUCAGCAUUUUCUUCAACUUGUCAACAGAAUAAACCAUCAAUAGAUGCCCCACUAAACUGAUGCCGCACCCUACACAUAACUGAUAAUUAUAAGCCCUGAACAU